AUUUCAUUCCGUUUAGCGACCUGCAUACACCUAAAGAAUUCAGCAAACCAAUAGAUAUUUUGGCUAUUGCUCUCAAAAUGAACCCACCAAAAGAAGUCAACACUCCCUAUGGACUACAUACAAUUCAAGAGAUAUAUUUAAUUGAUGAAAGUUGUAGCUUCAAACCAGUAUGUUUGACGAUGUGGGGGCAUAAAGUUCACGAUGAAUGCUUACAAAUAGCAGAAGUAAUCGAAGAAAGACCCAUAAUAUUGGGAUCAAAACUAAUUGUUCAAACCAAGAGAGGGCUGUCUCUAUCGUCACGCGACACGAGUACCUUCAAAAUCAAUCCUCAACUCCCCGAAGCAGAAGCACUAAAGGAAUGGUAAUACUCAUAAAAU